GAAAAAAUGAAACGAAUUCCGUCGCUUCCACUUCUUCAAGCACGUUAUUCCCCUCGCUUCAUUCCUCUUCAGUCGGGAUUUCUCCACCAUGUCUACUUCCACUCUAUCCCCUGCAACCUAUUAUCAGUUUUGCUCUAGUAAGAGUGGGAUGUUCUCUCCCUCGCAAGCUCUUAUGGUGAAACCCACAAAGACCCACUUGCUAGGGAAAGAAAAGAUGGUGAGGAUAACUUGCCAGGCAACGAGCGUUCCGGCCGAUGAUCGCGUGCCUGACAUGGGUAAGAGGCAGCUCAUGAAUUUGCUUCUCUUGGGUGCCAUUUCACUCCCCACCGCCGGAAUGUUGGUCCCAUAUGCCUCCUUCUUUGCCCCACCUGGAUCAGGAGGUGCUGGUGGUGGUACAGUAGCAAAGGAUGCUCUUGGUAAUGAUGUCAAAGCCUCCGAAUGGCUCAAGACUCAUGGUCCUGGUGACAGAACCCUUGUACAGGGGCUCAAGGGAGAUCCCACAUACCUUGUUGUGGAGAAUGACAAAACUCUUGCAACGUUUGGUAUUAAUGCUGUCUGCACCCACCUUGGGUGUGUGGUGCCAUGGAAUGCUGCAGAGAACAAGUUCAUUUGUCCUUGUCAUGGCUCCCAGUACAACAACCAAGGCAGGGUCGUUAGAGGACCUGCACCUCUGUCCUUGGCAUUGGCACAUGCAGACGUUGAUGAUGGGAAUGUAGUUCUUGUUCCAUGGGUUGAAACGGAUUUCAGAACAGGUGAAGCUCCAUGGUGGGCUUAAACCCUAUCUUAAUAUCAUUAUUCCUCCAUAUAUAUUCAAGUAGAACUGUGUCAAUCUGUUUCAUCCAGUUCAUGCACAGCCUGUAUUAGAAAGAAUCUUUUGUAAAAUCAAGUUUAUACAAGCUGUAAUGAGCUCCCAAAUUGAAUUUGGCAUGAUUAAUCUUCAACAAUUGAUGCUUUUAAGCACCCAUAAUUUAACAAUGGAUAUUGUGCUGCGCCGAAGAUAAUGAAAUGGUGAAACCGGAUUCAUGUAGGUGAUCCCAUAUGAUUAAGACAAAGCUUAGAUGAUUAUGAUGGUAAAUUAUACUUUUACCGUUCA